CGCGCCGUUGCCAGGGGAACGGGCCCAGCGCCGGACGAGGCCCUGCCCGCCUCGGCCCGGCCGCACCGUCAGCCCGUCCGAGCCGAGCCCGAGGACUCGCCGGUCCAACCUCCGCCGCGCGGCCCGGGAUGGGGCCCCGUUCCGGGGCGCGCCGCCGCCCGGUGCCCGGGGCCGCCUCCGCGGCGAGGGUCUAGAAGCGCGGCGCCCCGGGGAGGGUGGACGGCCGGGCGCGGGGACUGAACCGCUCGGUGACCUUGGCGGGGCCGAUCUGGCUCGGCCGCCGCGACGCGCAGAUGUUUUUAAGCCAGCAAACAUUUAUUGAGCACCUACUACAUACAAGAUGAACAUCUGCAACAAGCCCUCCAACAAGACCGCCCCUGAGAAGACGGUGUGGACAGCAGCGGCGUCAAAGUCCAGCAGACCCUCCUCGGAGCUGCUGGGCCAGCAGCGGUCCCGCCGGAACGGGUGGAGCUGGCCCCCACACCCGCUGCAGAUCCUGGCCUGGCUGCUCUACUUCUUCUUCGCUCUGAUCGGCUUUGGGGUCCUCAUGCCCCUCUUGCCUCAUGCCUGGUUGCCCUUCGGCUACACUUUUAUGGGCGCCAUCUUUCUCUGCCACCUCGUGGUGCAUCUGACUGCUGUCACUAUAGAUCCAGCAGAUGCCAAUGUGCGGGACAAGAGCUACUCAGGACCCCUGCCCAUCUUCAACCGCAGCCAACAUGCACACGUCAUCGAGAACCUGCACUGCAACUUGUGCGACGUGAACGUGAGCGAGCGCUCCAAGCACUGCAGUGCUUGUAAUAAAUGUGUGUGCGGCUUUGACCAUCACUGCAAGUGGCUAAAUAACUGCGUGGGCGAGAGGAACUACAGGCUCUUUCUGCACAGCGUGGUGACCGCCUUACUGGGUGUCGUGCUCCUUGUGGUGGUGGCCAGUUAUGUCUUUGUGGAGUUCUUUGUCAAUCCCAUGCAACUGCGCACUGACAGCCACUUUCAAGACCUGAAGAAUGACACCGAGGAAUGGUUCAUGUUUCUGCCUGCUGCCCCCUUGAAGACCAAGGCUCCCACCAUCCCAGUCCUGGCCGCCCUCCUCAUCCUCCUGGGCCUGCUUUCCAGUGCCCUGCUCGGCCACCUGCUCUGCUUCCACAUUUACCUCAUGUGGCACAAGCUCACCACCUACGAGUACAUCGUGCAGCACCGCCCACCGCAGGAGGCAAAGCCCCCCGCUGCGCGGGAGUUCAAGUUGUGUCCCCCAGAAAGACGGCCCAUUCAGUGCACGCAGAAGCCGACAUUCUGCGGAUUGUCUGAGGGUGAAGGGGGUGCAGCGUGCGCGGAGCCGCGGAGACUGAGCUGGAAGAAAAUCCUGAGAAGGGGUUCAGGAACGGCCAGGACUGGGUGGGCUCCCAGCGAACCCUCCUGCCCCCCUGACCACCACCUUCCCCAGGAGACGGACUUCUCCAUGCGGACCUCUGGUCAGGUGGACCCUGAGUCCCCUGACCAUGCCAGACUGGUCACACUGAAUGCCAACUCCUCCGGCUUUCUUGCCACCACUGGCCAAGUGGGGCCUGUGCCACCCUCCUCCCAAGACACGCUGGCUCCACCUCCCAGGAUCAGACCCCAGGAAAAGAGGAAGAGACGCGUGUGCAAGGUGCCAAAUUCUGUGGCCCCCAGGCAGACGGGGUUUCUGGCCCCCCGCGGCCCCUCCAGCUUCUCAUCUGAUUCCGAGGACACCAGCUCGGAGCUCCCCGCCGAUCCUGCCGGCGCCUACCAUUCGGCGUCGGCCGAGUCCAUGGACGAGAUCCCAGUGGCGCAGACGCGCCUGGGCAGCGCCGCUCUGGCGGCCCCGGGGGCCAAGGACCGGGAGCCCGGGCUGGCGCUGCAGGCACGUGCGCCCGCCGUGUUCGUGAGCCUGAGCAGCGGCGAGCCGGGGGCGCCGGGCGGCGGCGAGGCCCGUCUGCCGUAGCGGUGCCCAGAGGCGGAGGGCCGAAGAGGAGCGGCCGGCCCGGUUCUCUAUGCAACACCCGACCCUCGCCGCGACGAGUGCACUUUAGGGGCGCCUAAGGCCGGCGGGUUCGGCCCCCCUCCCCCACGAUUCAGCAAUACCUGCCCCGCCGACUAUAAUGCUCGAAUAAACUUUUUUAUGCUUUUGCGGA